UGUCCUAAUUGGUGCCCAUGUUUAGACAUCUGACCUUGUGUGAUUAGCUUUGAUCUUACCAAUGUGGAUUUCACGCUCAUUUAUCAUUUGUUGUCGGUGGCUUGUAUGAGGUCACAUGACUUGCAUAAAGUCAGCUGGUUACAGUUGGGAUGUAACUCAGUUGUUGUGUUUAUUUUUAACUUGUUUUGUUUCAUCUUUAUAGAGGAUAUAAACCAAAAGGUUUAAAUUUAUAAUGUGUUUUUGAUACAUCCAGCAAUAGUGCUAUAUAACUAUCCAUAACUAUUACUACGCUCAACAAUUGUGCUAUUUAAACAUCUACCAAUUGUGCUAUUCAUACACUCAACACUUGUGCUAUAGAUGCUAUAGAAACAUCUACCAAUUGUGCUGUUGAUACACUCAACAAUUGUGCUAUUGAAACAUCUACCAAUUGGGCUAUUCUUACACUCAACACUUGUGCUAUAGGUGCUAUAGAAACAUCUACCAAUUGUGCUAUUGAUGCGCUCAACAAUUGUGCUAUUGAAACAUCUACUAAUUAGGUUAUUCGUACAAUCAACACUUGUGCUAUAGAUGCCAUAUUGUGCUGUUGAUACACUAAACAUUAGUGCUAUUGAUACACUCAACAAUUGUGCUAUUGAAACAACCUAUUUGUGCUAUAGUUGUAUGCACCUAGAUUGCUGAUAUACAUCAGCUGUAUUAUAGUUUGAACCAGCUAGUGUGCUGUAGUGUGGUCCUAACCUGAUUGCUGUAGUGAGUCCUAACCUGAUUGCUGUAGUGUGAGUCCCUACCUGAUUGCUGUAGUGUGGUCCUAACCUGAUUGCUGUAGUGUGGUCCUAACCUGAUUGCUGUAGUGUGGUCCUAACCUGAUUGCUGUAGUGUGGUCCUAACCUGAUUGCUGUAGUGUGUGUCCUAACCUGAUUGCUGUAGUGAGUCCCUACCUGGGCCCACCUAGAGGAAAACAAACCAAAGCAAAUGACCACCUCAGUACGACCUGCUCGUGGCCUCCUAAGCCUCCAGCGUCUUGAUGCCAAGACCCAGAGUCCUUUGUUUCAGAGGCGCAGGGUGGCCCACGGGGUGGAGACUGGACAUGAGGCGGAGAUGCUGCAUUUAGAGCAUGAUGUUAGUACCAAUAUGUCGCUGGGCACCGCAGUCUGCCAGCGCUGCUGUGAUGGGUUCCGCAUGGAUGAGCAGAUUGUCAACUCUAAUGGUCUCUGGCAUACACACUGCUUCGUAUGUGCCCAAUGUUUCCAGCCUUUCCCUGAGGGAAGGUUCUUUGAGUUUGAAGGAAGAAAGUAUUGUGAACAUGACUUCUGUGUACUGUUUGCUCCUAGCUGUGGAAAAUGUGGAGAGUUCAUCAGUGGGCGUGUCAUCAAAGCCAUGAAUGCAUCCUGGCAUCCAGAGUGCUUUAGGUGUUUCUCCUGCGCCAAGAUUUUGGCUGAUGAAGGCUUUGUCAAGAACCAGGGGAGGGCAUUAUGUAAAGACUGCAAUGCAAUGGAGAAGGCUAAAGGACUUGGGAAAUACUUCUGUUUCAAAUGCCACUCAAUUAUUGAUGGAGGUCAUCUGAAGUGGAAAGGUGAAGCUUACCAUCCCUACCACUUUAACUGUCAUUCUUGUGGCAUAGAGCUGAAGGAGGACGCCAGAGAGAAAGAUGCGGAGCUAUACUGCCUGCGCUGCCACGACAAGAUGGGAAUCCCCAUCUGUGGAGCCUGCAGGAGGCCUAUAGAGGAGAGGGUGGUGCACGCGCUGGGGAAAGCCUGGCAUGUUGAGCAUUUUGUGUGCGCGAAGUGUGAGAAGCCAUUUUUAGGCACCCGGCAUUAUGAGAAGAAAGGUUUGGCUUACUGUGAGAUCCAUUAUCACCAGCUUUUCGGCAACAUCUGCUUUGUGUGUAAUAACAUAAUCAACGGUGAUGUGUUCAGUGCAUUCAACAAGGCCUGGUGUGUCAACCACUUUGCUUGUUCUAUCUGUGACAAGAAGAUGAGCCAGAAGACCAAGUUCUUUGAGUUUGACCAGAAGCCCGUGUGCAAGAACUGUUACGACAAGUUCCCUGGGGAGCUGAAGAAGAGAUUAAAGAAAGCCUACGAUGAAGCUGUUAAAUCAGGGAAAGUUUAGACAACUCUAGGAAUUUAAUAUUUUUUCUACCAUAGCGGGGAAAUACUCCAUUAUAUUCAUACUAGUUAAAAUAUUAAUUUUUUUUAAAUUUACGUGUUUGCAUGCGACUAUUAAUAAUAUACAUUUUUUGUGUUCGGAACUUCAAGUGCUUUGUCUUAACUGUGAUAACUCUUAAGAGCUAAAUUUAGAACUGACUAAACAAGAUUUGUUGUUGAGAAUAAUUAGUGCAUUACCUGAAUCUUAGAGUUAGAUGAUUUUUUACUGUCAUGAGACUUAAACUUGUUUUGUUUAGAUGCAAUUAUUACUUGCAAUGUAAAUCUUUGCUAUAAGUGUCUGAACUUUAACAUAUUUGUUGUAAACAUUGGUUUAAUUUUGUCUGGACAUUGGUGUAUAGUGUGAAACAAUAACACAUUUUGUUGCAUUAAAAAGCUAAAGAAAAUUGGCUGUCUAUGAAGACUAGUGUCAAAAUUACACAAAAGGGAUAAGAUUGAAGGCUAUACUGGUUGUGAACUUGUAUAGAUGGAGUUUCAAACAUGUCUUUUUAUCUAUUCAUAUGAUAUAUUAGCCAUACCAAUUAGGGCUAAAUAGAUCUGAAAGAAUCCUAAUUAUUAGAGCUGAUCUAGUCUUCUGGUGUUAAAAUAUUUUAUAAUUUAAUGAAAGGUAUAGUUGUAGUAAGAUUAUAGAAUGUUUGACUUAGUUGCAGAAAGACUUGAUGAUUGUAGAUUUGUUUUCUUGAGGUAGUGUUGAUAGUUAAGUAGUUGGGCUGAUAGUUAGUGGGGAUGGUGGAGUUGGUAGAAGAGAUAAGUGAUAAGUUUGGAUCAAGCAAGUCCCUAGGUAUAUAAUUAAUUUUAAACAAUCAGUACCCUAUCAUGUACCAUGGAAGAAGGGGACAUAACCAGCCCCAUCAAAUGUUAAUGUUGUCAUGAUUUCAGUAUAACCUUCAUUACUCUCACACUAUUUUAUUACCCUGUUACCUGUGCUAACAAUGUGGUGCUAGCCUUGAGCAUGUAUUACUGUAAUGUAUCAGGUUUGUGUGGAUUCUGGGAACUCAAAUACUGAACUUUUAUUUUAUUUUUAUUUUAAAAAGUCAGUUAAAACUAGAUUUUAAUUUUCUAAAAUUUUUAGACAGAAUUUACUAGCAGAAUUUUUUUUUCUUUCUAAUUUUGAGGUCACAUGUUGAACAUUAUGAUGAUGACAGUGAUUUGUGUUAUUCUCUUUUAUUUAUCAAUGGAACAUCUUGCAAACAUUUUUGUUUAUAUGAUACUAGAAUACAUUAAUUUUACAUAAUAUUAUUGAAUUAUUUAUUUGUUAGUAAACAUGUAUGUUGUAAUUAUACAUUUUCAAAAACUUAAAGCAAACCUAUUUUUAAUUUAAAUAUAUGCACAACUGUUCAGAUGUUGUUUUUUUUUUUAUAACUUUUAAUAAACUGAACCCACAACUUACAAGGGAGAGUACUUGUUUCAAGGGAAAUAAUUUAUUUAUUGUAUGAAAUUUUUUGUGUGCCUUUAAAUUUAAAUCUUAAUUACAAUUUUUGGAGGACAGAAUUAAACUGUUGAUGGUUCAUUUUGAUUAUGAUUAGGCGUUUUCUUUUCUGCAACCAUUAAGUGACAAAUUUUGCUUCACCUGAAUCUCAACUUAUUUACCACUUAAAGCAAUGUUUUUCUUCAUAUCUCAUGUCAUUUAAUUAACCUUAUUACAGUGUUAGUUGUCAUUGGAAAGUAGUUAGCUAAUUUCUAAACAAAUAUAAUUGAAUAGGUCUCUUUUGAUAAACCUGUCAUUUAUCUGAGGACAUUUUUUUCAAAUUCUUUUUAUGUUCCAUUUGUAUUAAUUUGUUUUCUUUUUUAUCUUUGGUACUGCAUACAACUCAAGAUAGAACUGUGAAACACCAAAAAUAUUGUUCAAAUACCAUUUUUGCUGUUGUUUUUGUGUGUACUUUCUUCUUAUAAAGAUCCCCUAUGUUUUAAUGGUAUGAGUACAUCAAAUCUUAAUAUUGUUUUUUGUAGUAAUUCUUGAUGUACAUAGAACCAUCUUAAACAAGUGUUAUUUGAGCUUUGUAUUUCUGAACAUAUGUUUACUUCUUGCAUGUACUAUAUUGGCUGUAUCGAUAUCUUCAUGUUAACCAAUGUAGACCCAUCUUGUUCCAUUGUAGCUUAACUUCAUGUGCAAUCUUUAAGACAUGUGUCUAUGUGUUUCUUGAUUUGUCCAAGACUAGAUUUGGUUACUGUAAAACUUUUACUAGUCAGUGUUUUCUAGUUACAAGCAAACAGUAAAAAAAAAGUUUUUUUACGUAACUCAAUUUGUCUUUCUGCACUGAAUUACUGUAUUUUAAAACUUUGAUUUCUUAUGCUUUACUAACUAAAAAAAAAAAAAGAAAAUCGAUUCACAUGUUUAGUUUUUCUUUCAUUGAUUUUUUUGUAUUUCUUGGAAAGGAAAUUUUCUACAAAAGAAAUCCAGAUUUUAAAUUGAUUUAAAUUUUCUGUGCCUAAUUUAGUUUUUAAAUUAAAAAAAAAGUUAAAAAGAAGUUAAUUUGCUAAUUAAUGAGUGAAUCCAUGAUGUACAUCUACCUGGGACAUGGAGUUUAUUUUUGCUUCUGUAUGUGAAAGUGUACCAUGGUUAAUCUGAUAUGGCAUUACUGGUGCCGUAGUGAUGUAUCAAUUUUUAACAUUCUGCGACUUUUUUUAUACUGGUAUACCAAUAAUGUAGAUCGUGUUAUCUCUAUCCCUGUAAUGGUGUAACAAUAAUGGUAUACAAAUGGUAUAGAUUAUUAUCACUGUCCCUAUAGUGGUGUACCAAUAAUGGUAUACAAAUGGUAUAGAUUAUUAUCACUGUCCUUAUAGUAGUGUAUACAAAUGGUAUAGAUUAUUAUCACUGUCCCUAUAAUGUUGUACCAAAUGGUAUAGAUUAUCACUGUCCCUAUAAUGUUGACUUUUUUGUACCAAUAAUGGUAUACAAAUGGUGUAGAUUAUCACUGGCCCUGUAAUUUAGUGUAAUGGUGUACCAAUGGUUAACGUGCUAGAUACAAGAUCAUACUUGGUACCUCUUAUCUACAAGAUUUUUUUUGUUGUACUGAGUCUCUGGGAAUCUGUACUAGAACCUGUAGGUAAGGAGUUAUCAAAGGGAAGUAAGCGUUGGGCUGUUAAAUUUAUCUUGAGUUGCUGUCCUUUCUAUAUUAAAAAAAUAUUUAUUAUCAGUAUCCCAUUUUAAUUUUUAAUUAAACACAGGAGUAAACUUGUAGGUCAGAGGUCACCAGAUGCAUGCAUGAUUGCUUGAGGAUAUUUCUUGUAAGGAAACAUCAGCUCUUACAUAAUAAAAACUGCCCAUAUAAGUGGGCUGUGAGAAA